AUGUGGGCAGAUUAUCCUUGGGAUGAAUCCAAUGAGAAAUCGAUAGAAAUAGACUUGACGCAGUUCGAGGAACUCGAUGCCUAUGCAAGGAAGGUAAAUGUCAAGGAUAGCGUGGAAAACCUGGUGAGUGUCUUGCUCCAAAAAGCCCACAGUGACCUGGAGAAAGUCAGAGCCAUUUGGAUGUGGAUUUGCCAUCAUAUAGAAUAUGAUAUGGAAGCCUUCUAUGACGGAGCCAAGAGGGCUUCAGAGGCAGCAGAUGUCCUACAGUCAGGAAAAGGAAUUUGUACAGGAUAUUGUGGCCUCUUCAAAGAAAUGUGCAGUCUUGCAGGGAUACAGUGCAAGACGUUGUCGGGCUACUGCAUAGGGUAUGGAUACAAAGCAGAAGAGGUCAUUGCGGAAAAUAACAGCCAUGUCUGGAGCACUGUGCAUCUCGAUGGAAGGUGGCACCUUUUGGACAGUACGUGGGGAAGCGGCUCUGUGGAUGACAAGGGCAACUUCACUUUCAGAUACAAUGAGUUUUACUUCUUUACCCACCCUGCUCUGUUUAUUGAGGAUCACUUCCCAGAUGACCCCAGAUGGCAGCUUCUGAAACAGACAUUAAGGCUGAAGGGGGACGGAUGUGAUGGCUAA